GAUCUAGGACUGAGCCUCCAAUAACAAUGGAGAAAGUUUCAAGAGUAAAGAGGAAGGAAAGGAAGGGGAAAACUACAGCACAGGAAGAGAAAAGUAUCAGAAAUACAGCGGAGUAACGAGCAACAUUCAGCAUGGACAAGAUACCCCCUCGACCAGAAAUGUUUGACUUCCAUGGAGUCCAAAUGACCCACUAUUUCACAGACAACUGGGAAAACAUUCAAAACUUUCAGGCCAGGCCAGAUGAUAUACUUAUUGCAACAUACCCCAAAGCAGGAACCACCUGGGUCUCCUACAUCCUUGACCUGCUGUAUUUUGGUCGGACAGAGCAUCAGACAUCCAUCCCAAUCUAUGAUAGAGUGCCUUUCUUGGAGCUCUUCAUCCCAUCUUUUGGUUCAGGAAAAGACAUGGUGGACAACCUCUCCACCUCUCCUCGACUCAUUAAAACUCACUUUCCAGUCCAGUUUGUGCCAAAGUCCUUUUGGGAACAAAACUGCAGGGUGGUCUACGUGGCACGCAACGCCAAAGACAACAUGGUGUCUUAUUUUCACUUUGAUCGCAUGAACUCAGCUCAGCCAGAGGCUGGAGACUGGAGCAACUACAUCCACAGAUUCAUGGAGGGAAAGAUGGUGUUUGGAUCCUGGUACGACCAUGUGAACGGCUGGUGGGAAAAGAAACAGAGUUAUGAAAAACUCCAUUACAUGUUCUAUGAAGAUCUAAUUGAGGACACUGGACGGGAAAUAGACAAACUCUGCUGCUUUCUUGGUUUGUCUCCUUCAGCCGAGGAGAAGAAAAGAGUUACAGGGGGAGUGCAGUUUGAUAAUAUGAAAAAGGACAACAUGGCCAACUAUUCUACAAACCCAGUUAUGGAUUUCAAAAUUUCUCCUUUCAUGAGAAAAGGGAAAGUUGGUGACUGGAAGAACCAUUUCACUGUCGACCAGAGUGAACACUUUGAUGAAGACUACAAGAAAAAGAUGAAGAAUCCUACACUGCAGUUCCGCACUGAAAUUUGAACAGGACUGGACAGGCUGUGUAUAUGUGGGGGUGCAUCCAUGACUGACUGGACAUGUAGCAUUUCUGUGCAACAAUCAAGUUACAGUUGCCUCUAAUGCAGGGGUGUCAAACUCAUUUUAGUUCAGGGGCCACAUUUUUUUUCUUUGAAAAAAAAUGAUGAACAACCUGAAGUUUCUUAAGAAAAGAAGGUGCAAUUUCAACAAUAUUAUGCCUCCGU